GGAGGAGCAGUUGCUAGGCGCGGGGUUGCUAGGCCCGUUGCUAGGGAAGGAGGUUGCUACGGGCACCGGGGCAGGAGUGAUCUCGAUGGGGUGGCCCCGAUGGGCGAGCCCAUGCUGCAGCGAGGUUGGGGGAGGGAGAGGUGUUGAUGAGCUCGGCCCCAGUGACGCUGCCCCCCUCCUUUUACUGCAAACCUGCGCCUGGCUGGGGCGCCUUCUGCAGUGCACGUGUGGCCCCGGGGGGACUCAGGGAGGGACCCUGGCUCCCUCCCCCUUGUGCUGUAAUGCACUCGCUCCUAGGAGUGGGGCGGGCGGUGGGGGGCGGCUGUUUAUACAGGGCCCCGUUGCCCAUUGCCGAGAUAGAUGCAUCAGCCGGGGGUGGAGUGGGGGGGGGCGCGUCUCUUUACGCAGCGAUGCCUGGCCUGGUGCUGAUACGAGGAAGGAGACAGACGUCAAAGGGAGGGAGGCAUCCCGGGCCGGGUGGAAGGGUGUGCUCGGCGGGUGCGCGGGGAAAGGGAAGGGGGGGGCACCCUAAUAUUUUCCCGGAUGUCUCCGGCAGCCUACGUGCACGGGGAGGAAUUAGGAAAACAGCAAUAGAGGAGGCUGCACAGGGAACCGGGCUGAGGCAGAGGAGGGACCACUAGUGACUGGGGAAGCUGGAAGAGCAGGCAGCAAUCUCAGAGGACUGGAGGGACUGCAAGCCGUCAGGUAGAGAUGAGGAGGGGGUGAGAGAGGGAUGGAGGGGAUGAAAGGCGGGGAGGGCGGGAGAAGAAUAUGGGGGGAAUAGGUUUAAUCAAGUAGGGAGGAGCAGUUAAGGGGGGCGUUGAGGAUGAGGAGGGGGUAAAUACAUGGGUGGAGACAGAUGCCCAGAAAUAUUGUGGGUGGGCUGCAAAUGUGGAGAGAUUUACUGGCCCAGAAUACAGCAAAACAGAGCUAAGACCUUAAUUUCUGGGGUGGCGGGAGGAGGAAAUGAGAAAUGUAGCAGUGGAAAUGACUGAGUCAAUGGGGCUUGAAGCCAGCCGCCCUCAGAAAACAAAGCGAAGCGGCAGAGGAAUGGCUAGGUCUGUGUAGCGGAGGCCAAGCAAAAUACUGAAUGAAGUGCACCUGGUUAAGAGCAAGGGGUUAAAAGGGCACCCGACCAAUAGGGCAGGGGUCAGACGUUGAAGAAUGGGAAGGCUGCAAGGAGCUGCCUGCGCUCAUAGGGUGCUCUAAGCCCACCUGAAGAUGCCCUCUAUCAUGGCCGACUGGGGUCUGCACGGCCUUCUCUCGCCACUCCUCCCUGACACUUCGUCUUGGCGCCCUCGGCCAGAGCCCACCAUAGCCGUGCUGGGCUCUCUGGCCUUGCUGUUUGUCUGGUACUGCUACCGCGUGGGGAGCGGGCAAGCGGCCCCCGCCUCUCACCAGCAGGGCAUGCCCACGGAGGAGCGAUGCCCUCGCCGUGCCCUCGGGAGCGACGCUGCCAACCAGCGCCUGUACCGCAGCCUGCGAGACUACGCCAAGCGCUACUCUUGGUCGGGCAUGAACCGGCUGCACAAAGGCAUCCGAGACCAGGCCCAUUACCAGCUGGGCGAGCGCCUGGCGAUCCAGAAGCCCAGCGCCUUCUACCUCCCGGACUUGCCUUCUGCCCCCUACUUCCCCCGCGAGUCCCAGCGCCACGACGUGGAGAUCCUCGAACUCAGCUUCCCGGCCAUCUUGCGAGAGUUCGAGGGCAUCGCGUGGGACUUUGCGCCUGGAGCGCCAACCCCGCGGGGGUGGACGGCCAAUGCCAACCCUGGCUGCCAUAGCUAUUACCUCUACCGGCAAGGGGAGUGCGUGGCGCAGAACUGUCGCAGCUGCCCGUGGACGUACCGGGCACUAAGUGCGCUGCGCACCUUCGUCAAUGCCAACCGCUUUGGAAACGCUUGCUUCAGCGUCUUGCAGCCUGGAACUGUGCUGCCCGGGACCUAUGGGCCAACCAACACCCGGGUGCGAUGCCAUUUAGGGCUGAAGGUUCCUCCUGGUUGUGAGCUGGUCGUGGGGGGUGAGCCUCAGUGCUGGUCCGAAGGAUACUGCCUCCUAGUAGAUGACUCCUUCCUGCAUACCACGGCUCACAACGGUUCUCCCACUGAUGGCCCACGGGUGAUAUUUAUUGUUGAUCUCUGGCAUCCCAAUGUGGCAGGACCUGAGCGACAGGCGCUAGACUAUAUCUUUGCCCCUGGUCGGUAGGUGCCUGCUCAGGAUCAGGUAUUGUAGCCAAGGGGGGGGGGACCCCAUAAUGCCACCAAUAGUGUUUGCUGCUCUUCACAAUCAUCAAAGCCUCCCACAAUAUUGCCUUGGAAUGGAAACUCUUAUUUUACCGUUGUGCAGACUGAACUGGGGGGGGGUGCCCCCCCCACUUCCAACUUUGGACUUCUGCAUCUGAACUAAAAUCUACGCAGGGAUGUAUCACAGAUGGGGCAGCGGAGCUCCUUUUCUCUCUCUCAGUGUGAUGCUGUGACCUAAAAUACUUGUUCUAUAGACCUUUGUGACAUGGUAUACAUUGGUUCCUCUUCUUGCCAUUCUGUUGGUGGUAGACGCUGAUCUGGACGGGUCCUUGUGGCCUGUUCUCAUCUCCUGUGAGUCUGGGGUUAUUCAAGUGCAAGUGCUGCUGUCUACAGUCCAGGACCAGAAGGCCUCUGAGUUCUACUGAAGUUCAACAAUCCUGAUUUUAGUAGCAUGGACUUCUCCAGGUUUUUUUUGGAAAUGGGUGGGUUGGGGAAGAGAAGCAAGCCAAGGCGAGCACUAUUUCCACCUGUCUGUGAUCAUUUGUUAAUUCCCACCCCGCAUCUGUUACCGCGACGUUUGUGUGGCAGGAUUUAAUCCAAAAAAGCCUUGCUAAUUAACCUGCACCCCAAUAAAAUAAUUAGAACCCUCUG